CACUCUGAUCUCACACUCAACCAAACAAACAUUGCAAAUUCUGUCUCCAUGGCUCUUCCUUUUCUAGUAACAAAACCUCUUCACUUUCUUCUCCUCAUCUUCCUCAUUGCCCAUGCAAACCUUUCAACAUGCACCACCGUCACCACCACCGCCACCGCCGCUGCUGCUCUACUCUUGAAAGGCUCAGUUUCUUGUCUUGAUUGCACUUCUCUCCAAGACUUCUCAGGUGUGAAGGUGGCAGUGAGUUGCAGCCAUACUAGCCAAGUAGUAUCAACUCUAACCAACAAGAAGGGUGAAUUUGAAGUUAAACUCCCUUCAUCUUCAUCUUCAUCUUCAUCUUCAUCAGCUAAAUGUAUUGCUACUCUCCUUGGAGGCAAAGUUCAGCUCUGUGCCUACAGAAAAGACAUGGUUUCUAAACUUGUGAAACCUCAAGGAUCAACAUCAAAUUCUUUUGUCUUAACCACUCCUCUCAACUUCUUCACUACUUCAUGCCCAUCAAGAACAGUUCAUGCGCCUACCAUGUAUGAGAAACUUGAUGAUCAUGAUAGAUCAUCAUCAUCAUCACCUUCAACACCUGAGAACAUCCCUCAGCCUUAUCCAUGGGGACUUCCUCCACCUUGUUACUUCUGCCAUUUCUUGCCCAUCAUUGGAAUUCCAUAAAGGUUAUGGGCUUGAGCUUGCACUACUGUUUAGAAGUGUCAUCUUUAUAUAUAUAUAUAUAAAUAACAUGAUGUUCUCUUUAGUGUGUUAUGUAUAUGAUUAAGGCUUAUGUUUAUGUUUUAUGGUCUUAAUAAGCUUAAGUAUGUGUUUAGUUUGUUAUAUAUAUAUAUAUAUAUAGAGAGAGAGAGAGAGAGAGAUGAUGUAAUGGUGGCCAUAUGUUUGUGUUCUAUGUUUAAAUAUAUAGAUAAUUAAGCUAGUGCUAUUGUUACA